AUGGACGCCCAGCCAGCAACACUCGCCUCGCGAACACCCACAUCCGCCGCUUCCACUGCACCAGAACCUCCCACAUCCAAUGCUAACCACCCCGCCCCCACAUGGCCCGCCCUUCCUCCCGACCGCCCCUUUUCCAAGUUCGCAGCGCAGCUGCCCGAGAUUCUUCAAGAGGCGGGCUAUGAUGAAGUUUAUGGGAUACAGUUGCGGCCAGACACGCCUUUUUACACCAAACUCAUGCAGAUAUUCCUCCGCGCGAACGCCAAUGAUCUCAUAAGAGCAAGAGAGCAGUUGGUCGCGACGCUGAAAUGGCGGAAAGAGUUUCAGCCGUCGAGGGCGGUGGAGGAGGCGCAUAGUCGGAAACGGAUUGGGAGAUUGGGGUAUGUAGUUGAAGUUGAGGGUGUGCCGGAGAGCGUUACCCCAAACAGGAAAGACGUGGUGACUUUCAAUAUCUACGGCGCGGUUAAAGACAAUAAGGCUACGUUUGGGGAUCUCGAAGGGUAG